CUUUUCUGUUCUCACGGCUUUCCUAUCCAUCUAGUUAUGAAAAGAAACUCCAUUCGUUUUCUUCAGACGUUUGUUUCUGCACUAGCUUCAUAUCUCCCAGUCCUUUCCCGAAUCUUUGGCUUGUUCUGCAUGUCGUAAAGCCGUAGGGCGCAGGAACAGUUUUUUUUUUGUGCCAUGUUUUGAUGUUGAAUCACCCUUUUCGUACUGUUGCUGCCUUAUCCUGCAGUAUAAAAGGAACUAGACGACCAUCAUUCAAGAAAAAGAAAAAUAAAUAUACCUCUUCUGCAUACCGCGCACAUUCCUUUCGUGCAGUCUUGGGUGUUCCAGUGUGUGGCUUUAUCUUCCCAUCUUUGAACAUUUCGGCCGCUCAGCCCGUCAUGGAUGGUUUGAAAGCCACUUCUUUGCUCUUCCAACGGAAUGGCGAUCUCUACAGACACGAUGCAGAGAUUCUGGCCUGCAUGCCGUUCAGUGAACUCUCUCAGGACGACCAAAUACUUUUCAAGAACGCCCCUGAGGAUGUUUGCGCAGUUAUCGUCAAUGAGACGAUAUUCCACCCCCAGGGCGGAGGCCAGCCCUCAGAUGUAGGUCGCAUGAUUACAGGUACAGGAAUCUUUGACGUCCUGUCUGUCCGUACCUCUACCACCCACCCGGGCGUUGUGCUGCAUUUUGGCAAGUUUGCUCAACCAAGCAACGAGACACUUUUCAAGGCAGGACAAAAGUGCUUGCAGACCGUCAAUGGCGCAAAGAGGUUGUUGUACUCAAAGUACCACACCGCUGGUCACGUCCUAGGCGCAGCGGUUCGACACCUGCUUGAGAAGCAGGUUGAAGGCUUCGACGAAUUGAAAGCGUCACACUUUCCAGACUCGGCUUCGUGUGAGUUCGCAGGCCUCAUCGCCGGCUCUCAUAAAGAGGCCAUCCAAAAGAAGGUUGACGAGUAUAUCGAGGCCGACAUGCCAGUUGAAAUUGACUGGUGGAGCGAGGACGAUUUCAGAAAGGAGGGUCUGGAGCGCCUCAUCCCCAACGACGAGGUAAGGGAGGCCAUGGGCGUCAAACCGGGCGAGAAAUUCAGGGUGGUCAAGAUUGUCGGUGCUGAAGUGUAUCCGUGUGGAGGAACUCACGUGAAGAGCACCCAGGCAUGUGGGAAGACGGUGGUCAAGAAAAUUGCUAGGAACAAAGGACAGAGCAAGGUCAGCUACUGGCUGCCAGAUGCCUGAGCGCCGUUUGCACGACCUCCACGCCUUUAGUACAUUGCGAGACGGUCGUGCGAGACCUCUUCAUAUGUGCACGAUUCCACAGAAACGUUGGUCUGCUCCGGGCGUGCAGAGCAUGUCAGAUACGAGGCGAUUUUGCUCUUUUAUCUGACAACGAACGACAGAAAGAAUUCUUUUUUCCCAGGAUUUGCGAAAUCCGCAUUGGCAGAUUCAUGGGAGAAGCCACCGAGAAAUUAACGCCGCAGAGGCUAAUAUAACUGUGCAAGUGCAUAUGUAUAUUUGCGGAGAUAUUGAAAGGAAGUACCACUUUGUUAAAGGUACCCUAUUUGGUGUUGUACACAUGCCCGAUCAUAGAAUAAUUUGGAGCUUGUUCAAUAUUUGUUUGA